AUGGACGACGACGAUGACCUAGAGGAAGAAGAGGAGAACGCAGAAUACGGACCCAUCCGUCGAUCAGGUCAGUCAUCUCAAAGUGGCAUCGUGUUCCAGCCGACAGAAGUGGAGGAUGUCCUCGUUGAGGCCAUCGAUGAUGACACCAAGCUUGAUGCCGAACCAGACUUGCCAUACAGCAAGCCACAGUUUCCUGCUUUGACCCCGAAGGAACAGGGGGUAAAGAAGCAGAUGCGCCGCAUUGCGGUGCCAGCGCACAGGAUGACUCCUCUGAAAGCUGCUUGGGUUCAGCUUAUCGAGCCAAUCGUGGAGCACAUGAAGCUGCAGGUGCGGAUGAACACGAAGAGGAGAGCAGUAGAGAUUCGAAACUCUGAGCACACACCUGACAUUGGCUAUCUUCAGAAAGCCUCAGACUACAUGAAAGCCUUCAUGCUGGGAUUUGACCAGCCGGAUGCGGUGGCUCUCCUCCGAUUGGACGAUCUCUUUAUCCAGUCUUUUGAGGUGAAAGAUGUGAAGCGACUACAGGGAGACCAUCUGUCGCGAUGCAUUGGUCGUAUUGCUGGCAAGGAUGGCAAAACAAAGUAUGCCAUAGAAAAUGCCACCCGAACACGAAUCUCUCUGUGUGAAGAUAAGAUACACAUCCUGGGCUCGUUUGCAAACAUCAAGCUGGCCCGCGACUCCAUUUGCAGCCUGAUCCUGGGUAGCGCACCUGGCAAGGUAUACACCAAGCUGCGCACAGUGUCUAAACGCUUGCAGGAGCGGAUUUGA